AUGGCGGCAAGGGUGGACUUAAUAGUUUUCUUCCUGUGCUUUCUCCAUCUUAGCAACAAUCUGGUUGAAGCGGAUUGGGGAUUAUCUUUAAAGGAAGAAUUGAAAUUCCAGAAGCGACUUAUAAAUCUUAAGAAGUCUGCAAUUAAAAGCAUUCAAAUGAAACAUAAGUUGUUUGUAGAAGGAAUGAGAGCCAAAAGGAAUUUACCAUUAAAUAUUGGGCUGAAAGGUGCAGGUUGUCCUUAUGGAACAAUUCCUAUAAUAAGAAUCAAUAAAGACGACUUGGCAAGAGCCAAAAAGUUUUCAACAAUAUAUUCUUCAAAUAUAGAUGAAGAACCUGGACAUCAUUAUGCAAUACUUCGGACAAAAGCUGACCCCAAUAGGAAGCUGAUUGGAAUUGAAUCAUAUUUUAGCAUGUAUAAUGCAAAAGGAAUCACUGGAUCUCAGUAUAGUGAAUUCCGGAUGACAUUUUCAAAUGGUUUUGACACCAUAAAAACAGGUUUAACGAUUGAUGGAAGAACACAGUGUUUCAAUCAACAUUGUCCUGGAUAUGUGCAAAUAAAUUCUCAAAUACCUCUAGGUUGGGCGAUAGAAAACACAUCUGUUGUAGGUGGAGAGCAAUUUGCCAUUAAAUUGCGAAUCAAUAAGGAAAUACGUGGCGGGCCAAAUUCAACAAAAUUUGUUUGGACAUUAUACUUUGAGGAAGACAACUCUGUAGUUGGUUUUUGGCCCCCAUCAUUAUUUGGCAAAUUGAGUGAGUUUGGCAAUCAAGCUGAUUGGGGAGGAGAAGUUUAUAGUCCACUAGACCAGCCUAGCCCCCCUAUGGGUACUGGGCUUCCUCCUGCAUACUGGAGGACAUCUGGAUAUACCGCUCAUAGUCGACGAAUUGCAGCUGCGUAUGAGAAUGCAAAGUUUCAUUUUGUCAAUCCAACUGAUACAGAGGUGUAUGCAUCUAAUCCACAUGCAUACAAUAUUCGAGAUUUAGGAUAUUACAACGAAUAUUUUGGUCGUUUUAUUUGUUAUGAUGGUCCUGGUGGAAUCAAAGGACCUUGA